AUGAAAGACAAACACGAUAAGAAAAACCAACCAACAGGGCAUAAAAGCGGUCAUGGAGAUUCGGACAAAACAGAAAAGAACAGUCAUCAUUCAGACAAGCAGCAUGCCCAUUCCGACAAGCAGCAUGUCCAUUCAGAAAAGCACCAUGCCCAUUCAGAUAAACAUCAUGCCCAUCCAGAUAAACAUCAUGCGCAUUCAGAUAAACACCAUGACAAACAUCAUUCCCACCACGAGAAGCACCAUGCUCUAAAAGGGGCGACAAUAAAUGCUACUUCUGCCCAUUCUUCACAUCCAGUUCGUCAUAGAACCAAGAGUUUUAGCAGAAAAGAUACCGCACAUUCUAUAGGACAUGGGUCAGUCAAAGGUCACAGCCACAAGGACCAUGACAGAGGUAGUGCAUCAUCUACAGGUGACCUCCAACCAGAAGUUAAAUAUGAAAAUACAUAUAAAAUGAUACCGGACUAUAGAUUCUUGGAUGCCCAAGUCAAGCAAAUAAUGCUGACCGUGUUUCAUGAAAACGUCAAAGAUAACCUUUACGAUAAUUCUUCUAUGGGACAGAAAUGUAAACUUGCAAGUGAAAUAAUAAAAGAGAAGGUAAAAUCUUUAAAUAUGCAACGGUUCAAAUUUAUUUGUCAUGUAUUAGCAGUACAAAGGGCAGAUCAGAGCAUGGUGAUCACAUCUCGAUGUUUAUGGGAUCAAAGGUUUGACAAUUCUUCCACAGUAACUGUUAAACGUGAUGAUUAUAGUGUUAUCGGUAUGGUUUUUGCUGUUUAUGCAGAAUGAUAUAUAUCACUUUCAUAUCUAUAUUUGCUUUCGCUUAUUUGGUGUUCAGUGAUUAAUAAAUGAAGUGCUGUAAACAAACGGAUUCUGUUACAUUUCUUUUCCAUUCAAAUUUCUACACCGACUUCCUAAACAAACUUUGUCCGCUGCCUAAAAUGGAUGGUUAUGGAGACAUUUUCCGCUGCCUAAAAUGGAUGGUUAUGGAGA